AUGCAUAUUCAUCGUAAGGAAGCAAAAAACCACAUUUCCCUAGGUGGAACCAGAUAAAGCUUCCGAUCAAGGAUCUGGGAAAGCAGAAGUCAGACGAGAAGAUUAACGUUAACAGUUGUUUUAAUGUUGAAAACACAUCGUUUUGAAGACUGCUGAGCAUCGCAGUGAACCCCUGACCAGCUGUCCUCCCUGACCCUGUCCACAACUAUGGCGAUCCUGUUUGCAGUGGUUGCCCGCGGCAGCACCAUCCUGGCGAAGCAUGCGUGGUGUGGCGGUAAUUUCCUGGAGGUGACAGAACAGAUCCUAGCUAAGAUACCAUCCGAGAACAACAAGCUCACCUACAGCCAUGGCAGCUAUCUCUUCCACUACAUCUGCCAUGACAGAAUCAUAUAUCUCUGUAUCACUGACGACGACUUUGAGCGGUCACGUGCGUUCAGCUUCCUGGGAGAGGUGAAGAAGCGUUUCCAGACGACGUAUGGCUCCAGAGCUCAGACAGCCCUUCCCUACGCAAUGAACUCAGAGUUCUCCUCCACUCUGAUGGCUCAGAUGAAGCACCAUUCCUCUCCUCCAUCAGAUCGCCUGGCUGAGACUCAGAUGCAGGUUGACGACCUGAAAGGCAUCAUGGUACGCAACAUCGACUUGGUGGCUCAGAGGGGAGAGAAGUUGGAGUUGCUGAUUGAUAAAACGGAGAACCUGGUCGGCUCAUCUGUGAGUUUUAAGACCACCAGCCGUAACCUGGCCAGAGCCAUGUGUAUGAAGAACCUCAAACUGACUGUUGUCGUAGUGGUGGUGUCACUGGUGGUCCUGUAUGUAGUUGUGUCUGCAGCCUGCGGAGGACUCAGCUGGCCCAACUGCAUCAGGAAAUAAGAGAGGGGGAGAACGAGGAGAGAGGGGGAGGAAAAGAGGGUGCAAGAGAAGACGACAGCGGACCCACAAAAAAGAAAUCGCUCUCCUCUCCUCCCUCUUGUCUUCCAGUCAGCAAGGAGGAGAGGUCCUCUAUUGGACAGAAUGGUGACACAACAAGGCAUCCAGACAGUGGAGAUUUAACAACGUUGUGAUUGUCUUGCUUUCUGUUCCUUAACAAGAUAAUGAGGUGUGUUUAUCUGUCCAAAGACAAACGAUUGUUGGAUAUGCAGCUUUAAAAUAUUGUAGAAUUCAGUCCACUGUCCAGUCCAGCUGUCCUCCAUACUGUUCUCCAGUCCAUGGCCCUCUCAUCCAGGGCUCUACAAGCCUAACAAACAGCUGUUCUCCAGUCCAUGGCUCUCUCAUCCAGGGCUCUACAAGCCUAACAAACAGCUGUUCUCCAGUCCACGGCCCCCUCAUCCAGGGCUCUACAAGCCUAACAAACAGCUGUUCUCCAGUCCACGGCCCUCUCAUCCAGGGCUCUACAAGCCUAACAAACAGCUGUUCUCCAGUCCACGGCCCUCUCAUCCAGGGCUCUACAAGCCUAACAAACAGCUGUUCUCCAGUCCACGGCCCUCUCAUCCAGGGCUCUACAAGCCUAACAAACAGCUGUUCUCCAGUCCACGGCCCUCUCAUCCAGGGCUCUACAAGCCUAACAAACAGCUGUUCUCCAGUCCACGGCCCUCUCAUCCAGGGCUCUACAAGCCUAACAAACAGCUGUUCUCCAGUCCACGGCCCUCUCAUCCAGGGCUCUACAAGCCUAGAAAACAGACUGAUAAUCUGGAGUAGGGUUUACCAAAUGGUUAUUACCCUGGGGCCCCCUUCCAGCAUUGGAGAACAUCCCACGCCUCCCCCGGCACGCGCACCGCACUGUGUCUAUUUCUAUUGGUACAGCACUGUUCAUGACACACUGUUCACACCCCUCUUGUUGGUGGAGAGGACAUGUUGCAGGUUUUUAAGCUUAUUUCCUGCAAUUCUACACAUUUUGUCAUGGGGCGCAAAAUAAAUGUUUCAGUUUUAAAGCAACAUUUUUUGCAAUUCUAUACAUUUUUGCCAUGUCUAAUGUGUAUUGGGCUAAAAAAAACUAUGGGCUAAAAAAACUAAAUUAAAAGACGUUAGCUGACAUGGACAUGUCUGACCAGUAUUUAACAUCUCUGUAAGGUCGUUAGCUGAUCUGGGCAUGUCUGACCAGUAUUUAACAUCUCUGUAAGGUCGUUAGCUGAUCUGGACAUGUCUGACCAGUAUUUAACAUCUCUGUAAGGUCGUUAGCUGAUCUGGGCAUGUCUGACCAGUAUUUAACAUCUCUGUAAGGUCGUUAGCUGAUCUGGACAUGUCUGACCAGUAUUUAACAUCUCUGUAAGGUCGUUAGCUGACAUGGACAUGUCUGACCAGUAUUUAACAUCUCUGUAAGGUCGUUAGCUGAUCUGGGCAUGUCUGACCAGUAUUUAACAUCUCUGUAAGGUCGUUAGCUGAUCUGGGCAUGUCUGACCAGUAUUUAACAUCUCUGUAAGGUCGUUAGCUGACAUGGACAUGUCUGACCAGUAUUUAACAUCUCUGUAAGGUCGUUAGCUGAUCUGGGCAUGUCUGACCAGUAUUUAACAUCUCUGUAAGGUCGUUAGCUGAUCUGGACAUGUCUGACCAGUAUUUAACAUCUCUGUAAGGUCGUUAGCUGAUCUGGGCAUGUCUGACCAGUAUUUAACAUCUCUGUAAGGUCGUUAGCUGAUCUGGGCAUGUCUGACCAGUAUUUAACAUCUCUGUAAGGUCGUUAGCUGAUCUGGACAUGUCUGACCAGUAUUUAACAUCUCUGUAAGGUCGUUAGCUGAUCUGGACAUGUCUGACCAGUAUUUAACAUCUCUGUAAGGUCGUUAGCUGAUCUGGACAUGUCUGACCAGUAUUUAACAUCUCUGUAAGGUCGUUAGCUGAUCUGGACAUGUCUGACCAGUAUUUAACAUCUCUGUAAGGUCGUUAGCUGAUCUGGACAUGUCUGACCAGUAUUUAACAUCUCUGUAAGGUCGUUAGCUGACAUGACAAGAGGAACUGAUGAUGUACUACCCAAUUAGAUACCUUGUGGGUUCUAUUAUUGCAACUUUAAAGUUUAAAGACGGACGAGUUCCAUUUAAAAACAAACCAAUAAUUGGGGGGGGGCAUGGGAACCAUUGCUGUCUCUGUGUAUCUGUCUGUCUCUGUAGCUGUCUGUCUCUGUGUAGCUACGCUGUCAGGGUCAGUCUGUACCCAGACAGAGACAUUUAGAUGUCUGUCUCUGUGUAGCUGUCUGUCUCUGUGUAGCUGUCUGUCUCUGUGUAGCUACCCUGUCAGGGUCAGUCUGUACCCAGACAGAGACAUUUAGAUGUCUGUAUCUGUGUAGCUACCCUGUCAGGGUCAGUCUGUACCCAGACAGAGACAUUUAGAUGUCUGUCUCUGUGUAGCUACCCAGUCAGUGCUAGUGAUACUAAACUACACCUGUAAUGUCAUAUCACCAUGGAGAUCAGGACAUGGUACAUUACAGGUGUAUCUCCCCUGUUCUAUACACACUCUGCUGUGAUGGCUUGUUUAGUUAUUGUCUAGACACAAUGUCUCUCUGUUCAGUUGUUACAUGAAAUUAGAUUAAAAAAAGAUUGAUUGCA